AUGGCUCGUCGUCGAUCGCGAGCACUGGUGGUCCGUAGCGCUGCACGGAGUAAGAUAACACGAAGUCCGACCUCGCCAUUCAUGUUCCCGAAAUUCACCGUCACUCUUCCAGCGACUAUGAUAGCGCGAGUUACUGAAUACCUGCAGUGUGACACGUAUUGUAUGCGGAAGCCGGAAGUGCUCGACGACUUACAGAAGCAUAUUGUGGCAACUAAAAUGCGGCUUACUCCGCGUGCAUCCUUCAGCGGUGGCGUUUGUUGUAUAGCCCAUUUGAUUAGGCCAAUCCGUGCGAAUGAAGCAUCUUUUCAGCCGCAGUUGUUCAGAGCAAUGGCCACCAGCUACGACGCUCAGGAUAAAACAUGUGAUGUGCUACUUCUUGAUUUUGGACAGAGGGUCACAUGCAGCGUCUCUGAUCUGUUUGAGCUGACUGAACAGGUAAAAUUUACAUUAGAGACAUGUGCUCCGCAGUUUCCUAUUUUUAUCAUAUUUCAUCAUAGGUCUUUCUUGCUAAUACUUCCAACUUCAUGGGUAAAUUAUUUAACACAUACAUUAAAAAUUGCAAAAAAUUAA